CAUUUCAAGAUGGCAACACUCUUAACCUCAAAAAUGAUCCGAGCAUUUGGACGUCCAUUGUCAGCUAUUUUGAGUUCAGAACCUUUCUUAGUACAGACAGUUCUGAAAGAUCAUGGCUCAUUCAGAUUUCUUUCACAGUUAUCAAGAUUGCAACUCCCUAAGAGUGGACUUUCUCACACAAGCUGUUUAUCUCAAUGUCCCACAGGCUCACCAUUACCAACACCAACACUUGUUUCACAAUGUACAAGACUGGCUAGUUCCCCAUACACAACGUCAAAUCAGCCUACACAACAAGAACAGGCAAAUAAUGAAGAACCGGAGGACAAGCUGUAUAAAUGGAUAGAGCUGAAGGUCAAAGGUCAUGAAGAUGCUGUUCUAGAAAGCUACACCAAAUAUGUGAAUCUUGCUGCUAGUGAGCUGGAUAUCAAUGUUGACAGCAUAGCCAAGCCAUUCAGAAACAUCAAGAGACUGACCCUGUUAAAGUCAAGGCAUGUAUACAAGAAACACAGAGUACAGUAUGAGAUGAGGACAUACUACAGAGUCAUUAGACUGAAGCAUUUAACAGGAUCUACAGCCAGUGUGUUCUUAGAGUACAUCCAGAGAAAUCUACCUGAAGGUGUUGCAAUGCAAGUUAAGAAGUGUUCUAUUGAGAGGUUACCGGUUCAUCUGCAGUCUCCUCCAGAACAGUUAUCAGAAGAAGAUCUUGAUAUUUCAUCAUCGUCGUCCUCGUCUUCCUCAUCAGAGUCCGAAGAUGAAGCACAAGACAUAACAAAAUGAUACUCCAAAUCUCAAAACUGUGAAUUAUAUAUUUUGAACUUCUCAUAUUGUUGCAGAACCGUGGCAUAUCUGUCCUAUGUGUUUAACUUGGAGAUAUGUAAUGAAGCUGGACAAGUAAAAACGUCUGUACCUGUAUUAUUGGAAUAUUCUGAAUUUCACAUUCAUGGUAGGAGCAUGCACAAAAGUGCAUUAUUCAAUAAUACUGAGGUUAGAAGCUUAUUGAAACAGGCAUUAUCAGAUGUUCACCUCUUCAAUUCUCUUAAAGAUAAAGACCAGUUAUGGUCAUGCGCUUGCAUUGUGAAAGAAACAUUGUGGAAUCGAUCAGAAAAGGUUGAUCAUCUAGCAUAUAAGUAU